AAUUUAGUUAUUUUUUAGCAGUAGUUGCAAAAACACCUAAAAACAAUUUAUAAUAAAUAUUAUUUGAAAAGAUUUUAUAAACGAAAAUAAGUAUGAGUAUUGUACCAAAAACUGUUAAUCCUGAUUUGCAAAAGGAACGCCAAAAUGCUACAUUCAAUGUGGAGGAUUUCGCAUUGUGGUGGCAUGGAGAUGCAGAGCAAUUAAAAUUUAAACGAGAAUUGGAAACUUACAUGCUAAAUGAUAGAAAUGAGGAUGCAUCUACGGUGCACUACAAGUCACACGAAGAUAUUUACAACACAGCAGUGGAAGAUGCCAUUAAAGCUGCCCAGAAAUUGCGUAAAUUGCAAGAGCAACGAAAUCCUGGUGGCAAGGAUAUAUGGCCUGGCAAAUAUGGUGCUCCUGAAUGCUGGGGAUCUAUGCCCGCUGGCAAUCCUUUCACCGUACAAUUUGCCAUGUUAGUUGAUGCCAUACGCAAACAGGGUACGGACGAACAGUUUGAGAAAUUUGGCAAAAGGGCAGAAAAUUUUGAAAUUUGUGCCACUUAUGCUCAAACCGAAUUGGGUCAUGGCACCUUUUUACGUGGCUUACAGACACGCGCCGAUUUUGAUCGUGAUACCGAUGAAUUUGUUUUGAAUACCCCCACAUUGACUGCAUAUAAAUGGUGGCCUGGAGGAUUGGGCCAUUCUUCCAACUAUUGUUUGGUGGUGGCCAAUUUAUACAUCGACAAUGAUCCCAAAGGUAUGGCCAUGUUUAUGGUUCAAUUGCGUGACGAAGACACCCAUAUGCCUUUGCCGGGCAUCGAUGUGGGUGAUAUUGGCAAGAAAUUGGGUUUCUUUGGUGUUAAUAACGGUUAUUUGGGUUUGAAAAACGUGCGCAUUCCUCGUACAAAUAUGCUGAUGCGCAAUGUUCAAGUUAAUCGUGAUGGUAGCUACGUUAAAAAUCCUGUAACAGUAUUGGCCUAUUUCUCUAUGGUCCUAGUAAGAUGUAUUAUAGCGCGUAAUAAUGCCUUAGUGUUGUCGAUGGCAGCUACCAUUGCCACUAGAUAUUCGGCGGUAAGAAGACAAAGUCCCAUUAAUAACAAUGAACCAGAACCCCAAAUUAUAGAUCAUGUGACACAACAAAUGAAAUUAUUCCCGGAAAUUGCCUCAAGUAUUGCUUACAAAUUGGCUGCUACGAAAUUGUGGUCUUUGUAUGAUCAAACCUCGGCCGGUAUUGAACUUGGUGAAUAUUCACAUUUGCCCGAAAUGCAUGCUUUAGCCUGUUCCAUGAAAGUAUUGUGUUCUAGUGAUUCGGCUAGUGGUGUAGAACGUUUGCGUUUAGCCUGUGGUGGACAUGGUUAUUUGACUUCCUCCAAUUUGGGUAAUUUAUAUGUGGCUGCUACAGCUGCUUGCACGUAUGAGGGCGAAAAUACGGUUUUGUUAUUGCAAGUGGGUAGAUUUUUAAUGAAAUCUUAUCGUCAGGCUUUAGCUGGUGAGCCCUUGUCACCUACGGUGGCAUAUCUGAGAGAUUCAUUAAGAAAUUCUGAUUUUGGUGAAUGGUCGGGUUCUUGGCAGAAUAUGGUUAAAGCUUUGCAAUUCACAGCAGCCAAUAAAACUCGAAUUGCUUUUGAGAAUUACUCAGAACGUUUGAAAUCGGGAGAAACUGAGGGUGAGGCGGCUAACAAUACCGGCCUUGAAUAUACCCAAGCUGCAGAGUUACAUGGCCGCUCUUUUGUUAUUGCCAACUUUUUGGAAGAAGUCACUGGACCCAGUGGCAAAUUACGCAAUCCAGCUUUUAAUAAAGUUUUAGAAGAUCUUUUAGAAUUGUAUUUGUUACACAUUACUUUGAAACACAUGAAUGAUAUAUUGAGAUUUAUUAAAAUCUCCAAUGCUGAUUUACGCUCUUUGCAAAGCCGCCUGGAGCAGGCCUUAAAAUCUUUAAGACCUAAUGCAGUGGCCAUUUGUGAUGGUUUUGAUUAUCACGACAAUAGCUUAAAAUCCACCUUGGGCUCCUAUGAUGGCAACGUUUAUGAACGUCUCUUUGAGGCUGCCAAAAAGAGUCCUCUGAAUAAUGAAUCCGUACCAAAGUCUUUCCACACACAUUUGAAGCCAUUUAUGAAAUCAAAAAUGUAAAGAUUACAUUGUAGACAUUAAUAUGUUUUUAAUUAAUUUAAGAAAUAUUUGGAAAAUUUGUGAUCAAUACGUUUAAUUGUUAAUUUUGUAAAAAUAAUGCACUUUAUCAUUUCAAGUUGAAAUUGAUAAAAAUAUAAAUUGAUAUUGGAAAAAAGAAAUGAAA